AUCAAGCCUCAAUCCAAACAUGUACUUAAGCCGUUCAAGCAUGAAGAGACCCAACCAGUACAAGUAACUGAUAUGGCCAGGCUCCUCCCAUUCGUAGCAGACACUACCAGCACCAACAACAGCCUCUUCCAGUACACGCUCCUGGCCCUGGCCGCCCUCAUCGCAGUCCUCCGUCUCAUUCGUCCAUUGCUCCCCCACAUCUGCAUGGACGACCUCGAGCGUGUCAUUCGCGAAACCAAGGACAUCUUCGACAAAGCCCAGGAAGAGCAUUUAUUGCACCAUCGCGCUACGAGGUUGGAUAUCCAGCUGCGGCUGUCGAGAGCGCAGAAAGAGGAGUCGCACCUUCGCUCUCGAGUUCUCCACGAACAUGGACUUAAUUGCUCAACGCGCGAAUACCUCUUCAUAUUCAGCAAUCUUGCGCGUCAACUCCGCAGAUGUAGACGAGAGGUCAAGACAAUCCAGUUAUUCAUCUUGAAACAAAUGGAAGACGCGAGACGCGGGCUUCAUUGUGAACGCGUCGAGGAACUCGCGGCCGUACUUUCAUCGGAAAGGUUUCGGUCUGGUGAUUGA